UCUGGCCAGUGGUGGUUUCGGCAGUAGUUCUAGUGGUAGUAGUAAUUUUGGCAGUGGUGGUUACAACAGUAGUGGUGGUUUUGGCAGUGGUGAUUCCAGUAGUGCUGAUGACUAUGACUGUGGUGAUUUUGGUAGUAGUGGUUCUAGUGGUGCUAGUGGCUGUGGCUAUGAUAGUUUCGGUGAUAGUAGUUCUAGUGGUACUGGUAACUAUGGUGGUGGUGGUUUCAGUGGUAGUAGUUCUAGUAGUACUAGUAAUUUUGGCAGUGGUG